UGACAUAAUUUCCGGUUGGCGAUUUCCGGUCGGAACACGUUUGUUACUUCGUCAUUAGUUCUUGGUCGGUGUACUUCAUGUUAUGAUUGCGGAUCGUUUAAAAUAAGUGUUGAUCUGAAGAUAAAUAACGGAUUGUUCCUAAAGAAAGAGAACAACACGCCGCCAAGAUGCCGCGAAUUAUGAUCAAAGGAGGCGUGUGGCGCAACACGGAGGAUGAGAUCCUAAAGGCAGCGGUGAUGAAGUACGGGAAGAACCAGUGGUCCCGUAUCGCGUCGCUGCUGCACCGCAAGUCGGCCAAGCAGUGUAAGGCCAGAUGGUAUGAGUGGCUCGACCCCAGCAUCAAGAAGACUGAGUGGUCCAGAGAGGAGGAGGAGAAGCUGCUUCAUCUGGCCAAGCUGAUGCCCACCCAGUGGAGAACCAUCGCUCCCAUCAUCGGACGUACCGCUGCCCAGUGCCUGGAGCACUACGAAUACCUCCUAGACAAAGCUGCCCAGAGGGAUAAUGAGGAGGAGGGUGGCGAUGACCCCCGCAAAUUAAAACCAGGAGAGAUUGACCCCAACCCUGAGACGAAGCCCGCCCGACCCGACCCGGUGGACAUGGAUGAAGAUGAGCUGGAGAUGCUGUCAGAAGCCCGGGCCAGGCUAGCCAACACCCAGGGUAAAAAGGCCAAGAGGAAGGCCAGGGAGAAGCAGCUGGAGGAGGCCAGGCGUCUGGCUGCACUUCAGAAACGACGGGAGCUGAGGGCGGCAGGCAUAGAUGUCCAGAAGAAGAGGAAGAAGAAGAGGGGGGUCGACUACAACGCCGAAAUCCCCUUUCAGAAGAAACCCGCCCAGGGCUUCUACGACACCAGCAUGGAGGAGUACAAUGCGCUGGAGCCAAACUUUAAAAGGCUUCGCCAGCAGCACCUGGAGGGAGAGCUACGCAAUGAGCGCGAGGAGCGGGACAGGAAGAAGGACAAGCAAAAGAUCAAGAAGAAGAAGGAGAAUGACCUGCCAUCUGCCAUCAUCCAGACCAGCGGCGUGGCAGAGUUCACCAAGAAGCGCUCUAAGCUGGUGCUGCCGGCUCCGCAGAUCAGCGACGCGGAGCUUGAGGAGGUUGUGAAGGUGGGUGUGGCCAGCGAGGCGGCCCGCCAGGCCGCGGAGGAGAGCGAGAGCGGCAACUCUGCCUCCUCUGCCCUCCUCUCGGAGUACAACCUGACCAACAACCAGGGCCUCCGCACUCCCCGCACGCCGGCCGCCCAGGACAAGAUCAUGCAGGAGGCCCAGAACCUGAUGGCUCUGACAAACAUAGACACGCCCCUGAAGGGGGGCCUGAACACGCCGCUGCACCAGAGCGACUUCAGCGGCUCCACCCCUCAGCGCCAGCAGGUGCAGACGCCCAACACCGUCAUCACCACACCCUUCAGAACUCCAAGUCAGAGCCAGGGGGCGGAAAGCCUGACCCCCCAAGCCGGAGCCGCAGGGGGCCUGACCCCCCGUGGGGCCCUCACCCCCGGGACCACCCCCAGCCGCACGCCCUUAAGGGACAAGCUCAACAUCAACAGUGAGGAGCAGCUUGCGGACCCUGCGUACGCCAAACACCUGCUGAGGGAAAGCCUACAGCAGCUGAAGCAAGGCCUGAUGUCACUUCCUGUUCCCAAGAACGACUUUGAGAUUGUGCUUCCGGAAAAUGCAGAGAGUGGGCUGGAAGACACAGAGACGCCUGCAGGGUUCAUUGAGGAUGCUAGCGACAUGGAGAACCGCAAGCAGGCUGUGCGGGACUUUGAGCGAGAGAAGGAGCUGAAGCUGCGUCACACUCCGGUGCGAAGGAAUCUGCCAAGACCCACAGAGGUCAAUGAGUCAGUACUUAGGCCCGCCUCCGUUGAGCCCCUUUCUGACCUCCAAUUGGCUGAGGAGUUGAUCAAACAAGAGAUGAUCACCAUGCUGCACUUUGACUGCCUGCACCAUCCUUCGACUGCCUCAGCCAGCCAACUGCAGCGCUUCAAGUCCAGAGGGACCGCCUCCGCAUCCAACAACGCCUCUCACAUCGCAUACCUUGAGUCGAACAGCUACAAGCCAAUCAGCACAGAGGAGAUGGAGCAGGCCUCAGGUCUCCUGGUAGCAGAGAUGGACGUGGUGAAGUCAGGGAUGAGCCACGGAGACCUCAGCAUGGAGGCGUACAGCCAGGUGUGGGAGGAGUGCUACGGCCAGGUGCUGUACCUCCCGGGCCAGAACAGGUACACCAGAGCUAACCUGGCCUCCAAGAAGGACCGCAUUGAGAGCCUUGAGAAGAAACUAGAGGUCAACCGGGGUCACAUGACUGCGGAGGCCCGCAGAGCAGCCAAGCUGGAGAAGAAACUCAAAGUGCUGCUGGGAGGCUUCCAGUCCAGAGCACUGGGACUUCUGAAGCAGCACAACGAGCUCUGGGAGCAGGUACCCCUAUCCUCUACCUAUAGACCAGUAGCAGGUACCCCCAGUCCUAUAGCUAUAGACCAGUAGCGGAUACCCCCAGUCCUAUAGCUAUAGACCAGUAGCGGAUACCCCCAGUCCUAUAGCUAUAGACCAGUAGCGGAUACCCCCAGUCCUAUAGCUAUAGACCAGUAGCGGAUACCCCCAGUCCUUUAGCUAUAGACCGGUAGCGGGUAACCCCAGUCCUAUAACAAUAAACCAGUAGCAGGUACCAGUCCUCUACCCCAGGCAUAGGGCUGCCUGAUAUGGACCAAAAGUCAUUUCUUCAAGCAGAAUGUCGAUUUAAUGUAUAUAUCGUUAUUUGUUGACGCAAUAACAUUGUUGCCGUUGCCGCGCUCCAACUCGUCAGUCGACAUCCGGGGCGCCGCUUUCCUUUCAUUCCCAGCCUUGCUGCCUUGCUGUGCUUGUUUAACUGCCUCAGUGAUUGCAAACUCAAUCCUAAAUUUGGGUCUAGGCCAGGGUAGCAAAACAUUUUAUAAUUAGUCAGUCAAAAACAGUUGGAGCAAGAUGUGGCAAAGGAGUUUGACAGACUCAUGUUUCACGCUGAAGGGGAUUUAAAAAAAGUGAAGUGAGUGGGGCCGGGGCAGAGUGUGUAACCCAGAGAUAGAGCUGGAUGGCGAGAGAUAAACAGUACUGCACGGGACUUAUUUUGCAAACCCGCACCCGCCCGUACCCGCAAUACUUAAAACCGCAUCCGACCAGUGUUCAGACUAGGGCUGCAACAACGAAUCGAUAAAAUAGAUUCCUAAAAGCGUUGGCAACGAAUUUUGUCAUUGAUUCGUUGAAUUGCGCGAUUAAUGUGGCACAGUUUACAGCCAGCCGCCGACAGGUUGGUUCAUGGUUCAUGCACGCGCAGUGAGCUUUAGUCCAACCAAAAACUGUCAGCUGUUGCUGCUUCAGACGGUGUGCAGACGGGCUCAGAGUCGGCACCGCUUGCAUCAAUAAACAGUCAUUCAAAGCAGCGGUAGUAAUCACACAACAGGACGGUGUAGAAAGUCCCGUCAGUUAAAAAUAGUAAUCCAGUUUUUAAAUCCAUCUUAAAAUCGGCAGGAUAUAGUGCUAGUUAGCUUAAAAGAAAGUCGCAAACAGUGUCAAAUGUGAUGUGUUCAGGUCAGCUCAGUAAUAUGAUAGAUGUGUUCAAAUGUAACACAAAAAAAAGAAAUUGAGAUUUUGGCGGAAACUUGUUUUCCCGGCAAUAUAUAAUAUAGUAAAGAUGGAAUUAUGACCCCUUUAAAGUCCUUUCUUGAGCUAUGAUCAUCUUAUCAGCAUUAAAGCAAUAAUACAAGUUCUAUUUCAACAAAAUAAUAGAAAAGUAUCAAUAGUGGUAUCAAUAAGAGUUAACGAUCUGUCAUCUGAGAAAUUAAGAUGAUUUAAUUUACUUUUAACUGUUAGUAUUAACCGGUUAAAAAUCGUAUACAUCCCUUAUAUACUGUGUAUAUAUAUAUGUGUAUAUCAUACAUUGUACGUAUUUUGUGUUUAUCCCAUUUAUCUUUUAUUUUUUUAUCAUCGAAAUAUUAGUUUUAAUAGUUCCAGGACGUUGGAGCAAUAACCUGGUGUUUUUACACUUCAGUUUUUGAAUAAAGAUGCUGCAAUUAUAAAUGUUGCUCUUGUUAUCCGAUUCAUCGAAAAAAUUAUCGACUGAUUAAAUCGAUUAUUAAAAUAAUCGUUAGUUGCAGGCCUAGUUUAGACAGUAGCGUAAAUUACAUUCCGACCAGUGGGGUGGUGCUUUAGAUUGCUGUGCAAAAAAAGGCAUGCUGCGCCAUCCCUACUCAGUGCAAUCUAAAGCCCCGCACUGAGCAGGGAUGGCGAGGUUAAAUCUAGCAAUCAGAGCAAUAUUGGGAAAUGAAUGACCGGGAUCUCCGCACCACGAUAACACACCUUUGACCCGCACUGUUCAGGCGUCCGACCCGCACCCGACAAAGUACAUUUUUCACCCGUUUCAUCCAAAUUGUGUGGGUCACCUGUCGGUGCAGAAACCCCUGCAGGACUCUGAAGCAGAGUGAGGAAAUGGCAGGUCCGGCUCGGAACGUUUUUUGGGCGCAAAUGCGCUGUUAUCAACGCAAAUGAACUAUCGAUGUUGACGAUAGUGUCUCGUUC